AUGAGGACGCUUCACGACAGGAUUAAUGAACUUGUCUCUCUUUAUACUAAAAGUUCACCCCUGCUAGAGGACAACUCGGUUAGCGUAGAAUACCUGUUAGACACAAUCGUUUGCUUGUCUUAUGAAUGCAAACUCCCUCAACACAAAAAUGAGAGGAACUGCAUGAAGUUCUAUAAUGCUGUAAAAAAGUAUGUCGACAAGAUUGAAAGUUGUUGGAUAUCAAAGUCGGAAUUUGAAACCAUAAGACUGAUUGGAUCAGGGGCUUUUGGAGACGUAUCAGUUGUUAAGUGGAAAAAUGAUGGAAAGAUAUAUGCUUUGAAAUCUCUCCAUAAGUAUGAUAUGCUCAAACGUUCAGAUAGAGCAUGCUUUCAAGAGGAGCGUGAUGUGAUGGUGAAGGCAAUGGUCAGUAAAUCUCUGUGGCUGGCCAAAUUACACCACACAUUUCAGGAUGAAAAGUUCUUGUAUUUUCUUAUGGAUUUUUACAAUGGUGGGGAUAUGCUGACCAUGUUGAGCAAGUUUGACGACAAGAUACCUGAAAGCAUUGUACAGUUCUACGUUUCUGAAAUGGUCUUGGCUAUUGACGCUUUGCAUCAACUGGGUUAUGUUCACAGAGAUAUAAAGCCAGAUAACGUGUUGCUACAAAGCUCAGGUCACAUUGUCCUUGCUGAUUUUGGUUCCUGUUUAAAACUUGGCGAAAAUGGACUAGUGAAGAACAACACAGCCGUCGGUACACCAGACUAUAUAUCACCAGAAAUUUUGCGGGCUUCUGAAGAUGGCCAUGGGACUUAUGGUGUUGAAUGUGAUUACUGGUCUCUCGGAGUUGUGAUGUAUGAAAUGCUCUUCGGCGAAACGCCUUUCUACAGUGAAAAUCUGAUCGAAACUUAUAGUCACAUUAUGAACUUUGAGAAACAUUUUACCAUUCCGACUGAUUGUGUAAAAAUUUCCGAAUCAGCAUGUGACCUAAUACGACAUCUAAUUUGUGACCGGAAACGAAGAUUUGGUCGAAAUGGAAUAGAUGAGUUGAAGGGCCAUGCUUUUUUUAAUGGCAUAGAUUGGGAACACAUUCAUGAACAAAAUCCUCCGUACAUUCCCGAAGUCACCAGUCCAGACGACACUUCCAAUUUUGAUAUUGAACAAUCUUCUCGAAAUCACGAAGGGCCACCACUUGGACCGAUUUUUCGAGGAUGUCAGGUUGCAUGUAUUGGAUUUACAUUCACAAACAACUCACCACUGAAUGAAUUGGGUCCUACACAUUAUAGAAUGACAUCAAAAGAUAAAUCGGAAUGUCCUGAGGAAAUUUCUAAACCUAAAAGUUCUGAUGCACAUGUUUUAAAUGAUAUUAGUCUACCAUCCGAUCAUAGUGAAAUAUUAAACCCCUCAAAUGCAUCGAAGUUCAGUAGUGAGACACAUGAACCAGCUUUGAUUGAAGUAAUUGAAGGUUUGAGGACAAAAUGCGAAAAUUAUGAAAUGCAAAUAACGGAAUUAAAAGGCACGUUGUCGUGUUAUCAGGAAUCCAAGGGUGAUCAAGUAUCUGUAAAGUCGGAGUCGGACCCCACAACAAUUAAUUUGGAAAAGCAAGAUGUGUCAUCAGGUGAUACUUCAACCAUUAAUAAGAUAACACGACAAGUCGAAAUUUUGUCUCAGAAACUUAAAGAAUCAGAAGCCCAGAAUCAACUGAUUUCAGCUACUGUAGAUCUGCUUAGAAAUGAACUCUCAGAACAACAUGAGCUACGAGAAAAGUUACAGUCUGAAGUACGGGCAUUCGAAGAAGAAAAUGAAACACUAUGUAAGCGUGCCGCAGAUGCUCAGUUAGCUAUCAGAUUGUUGGAGUCAGAGCAUAGUGAGUUGUUAUCCGAGUUAGCUCGAUUACGUGGAGAAUUGGCUUCACAUCGUGAAUAUGAUAAUCAUACUGUAUUGAAUGAUGUACGUGAUUUACUGUAUAAAAAUGAAUCUAGAAGCCUAGAAAACGGGAUAAAAUGUCACAAUAUCUCCAUAUCAUCGUCUUCUUCGUCAUCAUCAACCAAUCUAGUCAAUGGAACACAACAUUCACAUAUUAACAACCAUUCAUCAGAUUCUGAUCUACGGGAACGUUUGUAUGAAAGUGAAACCAAGCUAAAACGGGUCAUGGAAAACCUGAUAGUAGUGAGACAUGAAGCACAAAGCUUGAAAUUAGGCUGGGAGUCAGAACAAAAAGAAUGGAUGAAAGAACGUGAGUUGUUAGAAGAGAAGAUUAAGAUAGCCGUUGAUCAAAAGACUAUUGCGUUAGAAGAUGAGUUGACCACACUUAAAGAGAAUAAUGCUGAGCUUGAAAAUAAUAUAGCUAAUUGGGAACGCCAUUUAUUCGAGUUAAAUCAGUGGGUUGAUGAUGAACGUGAAGCUAAAGAAAAACUGCAUAAUUUCACAAUGCGUUUAGUGUCUGAAUUGGAUACACUUCGUGCUUCAGGUUUGGUACAAGAUUAUAAUCAGAAUGGUGUGUGCCCGAAUGGUUAUCAAUCAUCAUGGCGUCCAAACGAUGUGAAUUCUUUAGCUUAUGACAGUCCUGCACAAAGUGUUAUUGUUGAGAACACACUGGACUGGCGUCAACGUAAAUCUACUAAGUUAAAUAAAAUGGAAAGAUGGAGUCAUGAGGUAGCUUUAAAUAAUGAAGUAAAAGCGAGGGAACAAGCAGAACUCCGUCUACAAGAAGUUGAGGCUCGUUUGAAAGAGAUGUAUGAUCAAACUAAUCAAAAAGAUUUGAAAAUUAAGGAACAAGAUCGUAUUAUUGAACAUCUCAAUGCUCAAUUACUUGAAGCCUCCAACCAGGCACGUUUAUGUCGUAUGAAUAAUGACACCGUUAACGAUGCAGUCAAUUUUAUGCCGAAAGCAACUUCGGAAAAGAACGCAAUGGAUAACAGACGAUCGCUCCCUUCACUUGAUAUUAAUAACCCAUAUACAUCAACACCAGGACAAAACUCUUGGACUACUUUAGAUGCUUCUGGAGCGUCUCAAACGUCUACUUCGACACACAAUUUUACUUUCGUCACGUUUUUGCAACCAACAAAAUGUCACGUUUGUGGCAGUUUGAUACUAGGUCAGAAGUGGCAAGGCGUUCAAUGUCAAGAUUGUCAAUUAAAGUGCCAUCAUCGGUGUCGUAUGUCUGUACAUAUUGUUUGUGCUGCGCCUAAUUCGAAUUGUAUUGAUGGUUCACAUGGCUUUGGUGCUGAUUUUGAAAGUGAUGUAAAGAUGCCCAAACUAGGUGGAAUCAAACGUGGAUGGAUGAAAUACCGUGUAUUUUUAUCUGAUAAGCGCUUAUUCUUUUACGAUAUUGUUUCGGAAUCGUCAAAUAUUGCAGCUUUAAACGGAAGUGGCAAUUCGUUAUCUCCAACUUUCCAAAAUUUCCAUUUAUCAAAUAGUCAUAAUGUUUCUUUGAGUUCAUUAAAUACGUCCACAAAUCCCAUGUUCCAGUCGAACAGUCCAAGUCGAAUUGUAGAUUUACGUAGUUCUGGUUUUUCUGUAUCUUAUGUAACCGCAUCUGAUGUAAUCCAUGCAAAGCAGCAAGAUAUCCCAAAAAUAUUGAAGGUUGUUGUGGAUGAUUAUCUUCCGAGCGCUCCAUUAUUUCUCUUAUUUGAAAGCUCUGCACUUUGUGAAUGUUGGUUUAAACUAAUUCAAGAUGUAUUAAAAUUACUACAACGUCAUAUCAAUAGUGAUAGUGAAUUGCAGUGUUUACAAGUGCGUGAUAUUUCUGUGUCUUCUGUAUCCGUCAUAUUAAAACAAAUUAAUUGUGCUUCAGUUUUAGAUGAAUACCGAUUCUUGGCUGGGACGGAUGAAGGACUCUAUAUUGUUGAUAUUAGGCACAAUAUCAAUACACGUAUAGGUGCACGUAAACCAGUUUAUCAAGUUGAAGCAUUAGCUGAAGAACUUCAAUUAGCUGUUGCUAUACAAGGUAAACAACGAUUCUUAAAAUUAAUACUGGUUGGAUCAUUUGAAGGAAUGAAUUUAAAACCAAUCAAAAUUACUGAACCAAAAUUAUGUACUCGAUUUACUUGUUCAAUGAGUCGAAACAAUACAGUUUGUUUAAUUUGUGUGGCCAGUAAUCGUUCACUGUUCAUUUUUGAAAUUGCACGUGUACAAGGAAGACAUAAACGUUUAAAAGAAAUUUCAUGCCCGUAUAUUGUUCAGUCUAUCAAUUUUGUUCGAGAUGGUGAUUGGAUAUGUGUUGGAUCGUCAAAUUAUUUUGCUUUGUUUAGCAUAUGGACCGAUGGACCCGCUCAAGUUUUAUUACGUGGAGACCUCAUUGACCUUGACUCUAGCCUGGCAUUCUUCCAACACUCACCGUCAGAAGCUCAUUGUGCUGUUCAAUUGGGAGAUGAUGAGUUUUUGUUAGCAUUUGAAAAUUGUGGAGUCUAUAUGAAUAGCAAUCGUAAAAAAACACGACCAGAUAAUCUUAUGUGGCCUGCCAAACUUAUUUCUGGUACUGCUGUUAGCUUUUCCUAUCCAUAUUUAUAUGUAUUUACGGAGGCUGGUUUAGUUGUUUUUAAUGCUAUCACUAGUUGCUGGGUAUCAACACUUAGCUCCUGUCGUGUUCAACCUUUAAGUAUGGAUGCACAUUUAUGUCUUGCACACCUAUCAUCAUCGUCUAUUUCAAACUCGUCGUCUCGUAAAUCAGCAGUUGGUGGUAUCAUGGAUUCUUCUACCGGUAAUGUUGCUACACCUUCCCCACCAUACAUUUCUCCAAGCGAUUUAGUUUCUGGUCAACAACAACAGCAACUGGUACGGUUGAUCCACUUACCUCAAAUAUCCGAUAACAAAGAAAUGUCGAAACAACAAGUGUCGGCGUUACGAAGUAGGCGAUUACAAAUGCCUCAGUCUAGUAUCUUUGGUGUUACGGGGCGCGUGCGUAAAUCUAGUCGUUUCAAUUUGUACUCUCUUGUGGAAGACAGUUUAUCAAGUACUACCCAUGGGGUUAGUCCUGAAAGAUUAAGAAAUUUCCGUUCUCAAUCACAAAAUCGAACACCACAACCAUCUGUGCAAUCAAACGUACCAUUAAAUCCAACAAGUGGGACUUCUCGUAUAUCACACCUUAUUUCAGGUCCCUCAGACUUUCGUCACAUUUCGCACAUGGGACCUCAAAUAACAGGUGCACCUCUUUUAGAUCUCACUUCUAGCCCAGGGGAACCACCUCUCACGGAGGCUGAACGAAUUGCAAGAUUCAAGUCUGUAUUGGAAGAAAAAUGUGGUAACGGUAACCGAAGAGGUUCUUCACCUAAUAAUAUUCCUAAUGUUUCACUCCACCUUCCUUUUUCCGACCCAAACAAUUCACCAGAUGGUUUCCAUCAUAAUGCUUCAUUGACUCAAAUGUCGACGAUAACAAAAUCCCAAUCUAAACAGUCAACUCCUUUUACACACAGAUUAAGUUUAACUGAUUUAGAAUGUAGCGAAGAUCAACAUUAUAUGGAUCAAAAACCUUCUUUUAAUAUUGUACCCGGUCAAUCCCAACGUGUUCGUUCUUCAUCGUUGCGUCCUAGUGUAAAAACUUUACUUUCCAACUUAGGUGAUGUAACUAAUAUGUAUAAUAAAAAUUCCUCUUCUAAAUCGGGAUCUCACAAACGUAUUAAUGAUGCAUCAUCUUGUCAAAGUAAUGUAUCAUCUGUAGAGAAAAGCAGUGAAACUGUCACUACAACAACUGCUUUUCCGUCACUUCGACUUUCUAAUUCACCAAGUAUUCAAGAAACAGUGAUGGCAUUAUUUUCAAAGCUUUCCGAUGAUAGUUCUUCAUGUCCUUGA